AUGACGAACCCGCAACUUUGCCAUGAUUUACAUUGCAUCAGAUUAGUUGAAGACACGCAGGAUCGGCGAAGAACUACAAAUAUUGUGAAUCCAUAUGAUUGGAAUGUUGAUAAAAAUAAGAAAUAUUAUAUACCAUCGGACUAUACUUUUCCUGAUUUCGAUUUCACAUUCUUUUGGAAAGUAAAUGAUUAUUUUAAUUAUUUUAAAAACAUAUCGACUGAUGGGGAAAUGGUUCCUUUUAUAUGGGCACAGUCGAACGUUGAUUCUGAUAAGCAUCGUAGUCAUAAGAGAGAAACCACAAGGGAUGAAGAACGAGCAGUAUUUGUACUUUGGAUUGAUAAAAAAAGCACUGAGAACACUCACGUAAUGGAAAAAUUUACAAGUGGUACAAACAUUACAGUCGAUUUUAGAGAAACUUAUUCAAGCGCAGAAGCACAUCUCUCGAAAAUCAAGGACAGGAUACAAUCAUCAUCGAAUUUUCUAAUAAUUUGCCGUGGUUUCUAUAAAUAUGAGAACAAAAAUCCAUUAAAUUUAUUACGGUUUUUGAACGAUAAUGGGUUAGAUUAUGUUCCUGUUAUUGUAUUUACUCAAGAUAAAGAUGGUUUACUGCACCAUUUUAAAAGCCAGGCCUCAUCAAUCGGCGUACGAGAUUGGGAGCAUCGUUUAUUUAUUACAAGUAGUUCAGAGGAAUUGAUCACAAAAAUCAAGGAAAAAAUACAUCAUAAACAUGGCCGCUAA